UUUUUUUUUCCGGUAGGCAACGUUCUGUCUGAGUCGUAGGCAUAACCAGUUUUGUUAACUGGCUCCAGUUUAGGUGCUGCUUGAGUCACUGUGUAGACACUGCUGAACAGCUUCAUGGCAGAUAUUUCCCCCCUUAUUUUAUUUUUUAGAUUUUCUGGCAUACCCUUGUCUGAUUUUGCAGUGAGACCUAUUUUCUAAAUGAAGAAUCUAAUAGACAUUUGUUUAUCAUUUUUUCUUUUAUAUUUUAUGUAAUGUUUUUGUUGAAAGAUGUCAUUACCAGUAAGCAGUAUGGCGGUCUCCAGAUAGCUGUUGUUUACAAAUGCCUCUGUUACCUGAAGCUAUGAAACGUUCCACAGUUCAGAUGUGAAAUUUGGAUUCUCAGUUCGUGGUGUUAAAAGUAUUUAUUUCACCUGGAGCUGAUGCUUCUUACAGUGAUAGAUAAAUGGAAUAGACAAGACAAGCAGCUGCCAGAGAAUAUAAAAAGCUUUUUAAGACAGAAAGUUGGCAAAUUUUGGAUAAUAACCUGAUGGAAUCUCUCAGCAAGAAGGAUGGGUAGCUGAUUUCUGUGAGUUCAAAUCUGUGUCAAACAGCUACAAAUGUAGUAUCAACAAGAACUCGGGAUAUUAUCUCAAGGAAAACAAACUGGAAAAAUAUAAAUCACGGAGUGCUAACACCUUGUGUGGUCCUGUUGGAGUAGGCUUUCGUUCAGCUGAAUUGCUACUGCUACAAAAAAAACGCACGAAGAUGGACAGAACAACUUAAUUCAAAAGGACUUGCCAUGAGGUGCUGAAGCCUUGUUUCAUUGAUUCGGAGAGACUGGACCUAAAUGGCGCACCAUGACUUUGCUCCAGCCUGGCUUAAUUUUCCUACUCUUCCAUCAUCAACAAAAUCAACACUGAACUUUGAGAAACAUUCUGAAAAUUUUUCGUGGGCAGAGAAUUGUUACGAAGCGAAUUGCAGAAGAUGCAGCUCUACAGAUGGGUUUGAUCCUGGUCGGUCUAAUGGAGGGCAUUUUGGGAGAAAAGAGAAGUAUGGCUGGCGUUCACAAGGCAGAAGUGGUACAGAAAAUAUAAACCAUCGUGGAGGAUGCCAUGGAGGAGGUUUCCGCACUCGUACCAGCGCUUUCCACUGGGGAAAAGGCCGAGGACUGCAUGAAAACAGUGUUCCUGAUAAUGAAGCUGGCAAAAAGGAAGACAAAGAAAUAUCCAAACAGUUUAAGGCUGAGGAUUUUCCGUCUUUGAACCCUAAAUAUGAGAAGGAACCAAACCAGAGUAAAUCUUCAGCUGCAGGUGUGUGGGAUUACCCUUUGAAUCCUAAAUCCAGGUCUCCAAGAAUGCUGGUCUUUAAAAAGAGCAGUACAAAAGAACUGCAAACAACCAAAUUUCCAGUAGUAGGAGGUCUUCAUUCACAGCCAGUAAGGAAAGUAAAUGGCACAAGUGUUUAUAAAGGAUCAGGCCCUAAACCUGUCACUCCACCCACAAAGCCUACACAGUGGAAACGCGAAGCAAAAGAAAACAAUCUUGGGAAUCCAUUUCUUCGUGAAUCUGCAUAUGGUGUUGGCAAUUUCAGGCCUUUCAAAUCAGCUGCCAAGGCAUUUGCGGUAUCACAAAAUUCAGUGAAAGAGCGUGCUAGGUCAAAUUCUUCAUCUCCUGUUGACAAAGGUGGUCAGCCGAAUGUAACAAAAUUGACAAGAUUGCGCACUGAUAAGAAGAGUGAAUUUUUGAAAGCAUUGAAACAAGACAGAGUGGAAGAGGAACAUGAAGACACGUAUCAUGCUGGGCAAGAUAAGAACGAUGAGUCCUUUAACUUGAAUAACAGCAACAGUCCUCAUCAUGAGCGAGAUAUAAACCAAAACUUUGAAACUGAAAUUCUACAGGAGAAUGGCAAUACUUCAGUUACAUCUCAACAGAUCAUUCCAUCUUCAGCUUUCCCACAGGCAGAUGUUCUUUCAAGCUCACUUGAGGCAGAGCUUAGGUUGUUAAAGGAGAUGGGCUGGCAGGAAUACAGUGAAAAUGAUGAAACAUGUGCUCCACUAACAGAGGAUGAGAUGAGAGAGUUCAGAGUCAUUAGAGAACAGGUAGCAUUACAAAAAAAUGGCCUUCGGAAAACCAGCAUUUUGAAAAACGGCCUGAUUUGUGGUUUUAAAUUUAGCCCCUGGAAAAACAGCACUUUCAGACCUGCUGUGGAGAAGGAGGAUUCCGAGACGAGCAGCAGUGAUACAUCAGAUGAUGAUGAUGUGUGAAGACUUCUGAAACAUCUAUUGGAGACUGUUUUGAUCUUUUUUGACUAUUUUGCCUAUUUUGAAAUUGGGGAUGUGUUGUUAAAAAAUAUUUUGACUAUGUAGUAAUGUACCCACUAGAAGAAGAACCAUGCGAUUUUUAACUGAAGAAAGCAAAGGAUGUUGUGUUGGACAUCACUGUAAUUUCUUUGUAAGUGAAUGUUGUAGAAUGAGGGCUUGAAUUGACACAGCAUUGACUUUCUUCAUCACUGAAGCGUUUCUGACUAGCAACAUGACAAUGUAAUAAAUCAGAUUUUCUCAUUUACUAAUAAAAACAAAGAAUUGUGUAAUAUCUUGCAAAGCUUCUAUCUUAA